AUGAUGAUGGAGUUCAAGGAAGACAUGAUGAAGACCUUCGAGAUGACUGACCUUGGCUUGAUGAGCUACUUCCUCGGUAUAGAGGUAAGUCAAAGAAAUGAUGGGCUAUUUAUUUCACAAAAGAAAUACACAGAAGGCUUACUCAAGAAAUUCAAGAUGUACGACUGUAAGCCUGUAAGCACUCCACUCGUGAUAAAUGAGAAACUACAUAAGGAUGAUGGAGCACCAGAAGCUGAUGCAUCGCGCUACAAGAGUCUAAUUGGUAGUCUUCUAUAUCUGACAGUUACACGACCAGACAUCAUGUAUGCUACAAGUCUUCUAGCAAGAUUCAUGCAGAGUCCAAGUAAGAUACACUUUGGAGCAGGCAAAAGGAUUCUAAGAUACUUGCAAGGAACAAAAGAGUUUGGAAUAUGGUACAAAACCACAACCAUCUCGAGGUUGCUUGGCUACACCGACAGUGAUUGGGCAGGUUCGGUAGAUGACAUGAAAAGCACUUCCGGCUAUGCUUUAUCACUUGGAUCGGGAAUAUUUUCUUGGGCAUCUAAGAAGCAAGCUACGGUUGCACAAUCAACAGCUGAAGCUGAGUAUGUGGCAAAGUUGCUGGUGCUGAUGUUAUUCUGGGAUCCAAAUAGCUAG